UUUACAAUACGUCAUAAUUAGUGCAUGGAAAUUAAGGUGUCGGGUUCACACUGGGAACGUCUUGUAAGGAUUAAUGAUUACCGAUUCCUCCGCUUUGUAAGGUAAAAUCCUGAUGAAUAAUGGCCGCUGGCUUCAGCCAUCCGUGACAUGCCGGUUCAGCAGUAUUAAAAAUCAAUACCUAUAUAGAUCAAGGUAUGACAUGUCUUGGAUACGUCAGUCAAUUUGAUCCGUACCCGGAUGUCAGAUUAUGAUCUAGAAUGAGGAGACAGUGGCGUACAAACACUAUAUGCCUUGGCUUGGCUUUUAUCAGUGUAACUGCUUGGAUUUUCUCUAGCCAAAUUUUCAGUUCAAAGAGGUCAAAGAAGUUUGUUGAUGAAUUUGAAGUGACAAGGACCGUGAACAAACAGUAUUUGUUACAUCCGCAGGCUGGGGUGGAAAACGUGGAAAACAGGGACAAACGCUACUCACAAGUCAAGCAGGACGAAGUGGUGUACGAAAUUCUGAAAAAAGAAGGAGGAUUUUUUCUUGACAUUGGUGCUCACGAUGGUCAGUUUUUGUCGAACACUCUCUGGCUGGAGAGAAAACACGAAUGGACCGGGCUUCUGAUCGAGGCCAAUCCGGAACUCUGUGAAAAAAUAGAUCAGUUAAAACGGAAUGCCUGGAGACUAUGUGCGUGUUUGUCAAGAACUCAGAAAAGCGUCUCCUUUAUCAAAGGGGGUGGUGUGGGAGGGAUCGCAACUCACAUCGAUGAGCACCACAUGAAAAUGCUGGACCAGAAAAACAAAAUAACUGUACCCUGCUACAGUCUGGAGCAGAUUCUGGAUUCUAUUGGAAUUCACCAUAUUGAUUUUUAUUCACUAGAUGUUGAAGGAGCAGAGAUGGCCAUUCUAGAAUCCUUGAAGCCUGGACUAGUGUCGGGCGCCUUCACGGUUGAUGUUUGGUCCAUUGAGUAUAGAGUGUGGGAUGGCCAAAAAAUAGUAGUGGACGAAUCCAUAAAGAAUCUGAUGGCCUUAAGAAACUACUUUAAAGAAAUAGGAGGAUAUUUUGAACAUUCACAGUUGUCAACGGAUGAAAACAACAAGGAUGGUUAUGCUCUGGAUGUAGUGUUUGUUCGUACAGCAACAUGGUGUAAAACCCGAGAAAGUUUUCCUAACGGGACAAGCUGCCCGGGAAAGGAGAAAGUGUUUCAUAUAGAAGACUAUCUCAUGGCCCCUCACCCUAUUAGAAGAGUGGAGAAUGCAGACAAAAUGUAUUCCCAGGCCGAGCAGGACAAAGUGGUUUACGACAUUGUUAAAAAAGAUGGCGGAUUCUUCGUUGACAUUGGUGCGCACGACGGACAGUUCCUAUCCAACACGCUGUGGUUGGAGAGAAAACACAACUGGACAGGUCUUCUGAUCGAAGCCAACCCUGACCUCUGUCGGCGAAUAGAUCAGCUGAAGCGCCACGCCUGGAGAAUGUGUGCUUGUCUGUCCAGCACGCAGAAGACCGUGUCCUUCAUUAAGGGGGACGGGGUAGGGGGCGUCGAGGAGCACAUUGACCAACAUCAUAUCAAAAUGUUGAACAAACAAAAUAAAAUAGUGGUACCCUGUUUUAGUUUGGAAGAUGCUUUAAAUAAAAUCAAAGUCAGCCAUAUUGAUUUCUAUUCACUAGACGUUGAAGGCGCAGAAAUGGCAAUAUUGGAGUCUCUAAAAGACGGACUGAAAUCGAAGCGUUUUACUGUGGAUGUUUGGGCGAUUGAGUACAGAGUGUGGGACGGACAGAAAGUGGUUGUGGAGAAAGCUUUAGAAAAUUUGAAUGCAUUAAGAAAAUAUUUCCAAAAUAUUGGUGGAUACAGUGAACAUUCUCAGCUUUCUAAUGAUGGGAAUUUUAAAGAUGGAUAUGCGUUAGACGUUGUGUUUGUACGUAACGAAAUGUGGUGUAGGACUCAUGACAAAUUACCAGAUGGUAAUCCUUGUGCGAAAUAACGCAAGUGACUCUCAAGGAGAGUACUUGAAAACAAAGAAUCUCAAACACAUCCGUUUUGAUAUUGAGUAUUUUUCUAUGAGAAUCAUUAAAAUAAUAUGAACGUCUUGUUGAAUGUUUUUGCAAAAGUUUUGUUUCGUGUUAAGAAUUGAAAUGAGAUUUUUCCAUAUCAUGCAGUGUAGAAAUAAAAUGAACAUAAAUUGUGCAUAUCUCAAUAACUUGUAUACUUGGUGUAUAUUGAUGAGCGUGGUAUGUACUAAUGGCUAAUGACACAAUAAAUGUUACGGUGAUAUA